CGGGCCGGGGAGCCCGCACGGCCGGCGCGGAGAAUUUGUUCCUGUCGAAGAGCGGCUCCUGGAUCUCCAGACCCUUUGCAGUCUUAGGAGGCGAGUAGGUGAAAUUCCCUACCUCUGAGGAGAAACACUGCCCGUUCCUUCAUCAAGAGCAAGCUCCCCAUUGCUAUGGAUACCGAAUCCACAUACUCUGGAUAUUCUUACUAUUCAAGUCAUUCGAAAAAAUCUCACAGACAAGGGGAGAGAAAUAGAGAGAGACACAAAUCACCCCGGAAUAAAGAUGGCAGAGGGUCAGAAAAAUCUGUCACCAUUCAAGCUCCCACUGGGGAGCCCCUGUUGGCAAACGAUUCCACUCGGACAGAGGAAGUUCAGGAUGACAACUGGGGAGAGACCACCACGGCCAUCACAGGCACCUCAGAGCACAGCAUAUCACAGGAGGACAUUGCCAGGAUCAGCAAGGAUAUGGAAGACAGCGUGAGGCUGGAUUGCAGGCGCUACCUGGGCCUCACCGUGGCCUCGGUCCUUGGACUGCUGGUGUUCCUCACCCCCAUUGCCUUCAUCCUGUUACCCCCCAUCCUGUGGAGGGACGAGCUGGAGCCUUGUGGCACAAUUUGUGAGGGACUCUUCAUUUCCGUGGCGUUCAAACUCCUCAUCCUGCUCAUCGGGACCUGGGCGCUCUUCUUCCGCAAGCAGAGAGCUGACGUGCCGCGCGUCUUCGUGUUCCGUGCCCUUCUGUUGGUCCUCAUCUUUUUUUUUGUGGUUUCCUAUUGGCUGUUUUAUGGGGUCCGCAUUUUGGACUCUCGGGACCGCAACUACCAGGGUAUCGUGCAGUACGCGGUGUCCCUCGUGGACGCCCUCCUCUUCAUCCACUACCUGGCCAUCGUCCUGCUGGAGCUGAGGCAGCUGCAGCCCAUGUUCACGCUGCAGGUGGUCCGCUCCACCGACGGCGAGUCCCGGUUCUACAGCCUGGGACACCUGAGUAUCCAGCGAGCAGCAUUGGUGGUUCUGGAAAAUUACUAUAAAGAUUUCACCAUCUAUAACCCCAAUCUCCUAACAGCCUCCAAAUUCCGAGCAGCCAAGCACAUGGCCGGGCUGAAAGUCUACAAUGUAGAUGGCCCCAGUAACAAUGCCACUGGUCAGUCCCGGGCCAUGAUUGCUGCUGCCGCUCGGCGCCGAGAUUCCAGCCACAACGAGUUGUAUUAUGAAGAGGCUGAGCACGAGCGGCGGGUGAAGAAGCGGAGAGCAAGGCUGGUGGUGGCCGUGGAGGAGGCCUUCAUCCACAUCCAGCGUCUCCAGGCCGAAGAGCAGCAGAAAGCCCCAGGGGAGGUGAUGGACCCCCGGGAGGCCGCCCAGGCCAUCUUCCCCUCCAUGGCCCGCGCUCUGCAGAAAUACCUGCGCACCACUCGACAGCAGCAUUACCACAGCAUGGAGAGCAUCCUGCAGCACCUGGCCUUCUGCAUCACCAACAGCAUGACCCCCAAGGCCUUUCUGGAACGUUACCUCAGCGCAGGCCCCACCCUGCAGUAUGACAAGGAGCGCUGGCUCUCGACGCAGUGGAGACUGGUCAGUGACGAGGCUGUCACUAACGGACUACGGGAUGGGAUCGUUUUCGUCCUCAAGUGCUUGGACUUCAGCCUCGUGGUCAAUGUGAAGAAAAUUCCAUUCAUCGUACUCUCGGAAGAGUUCAUAGACCCCAAAUCUCACAAAUUUGUCCUUCGCUUACAGUCUGAGACCUCAGUUUAAAAGUUUUAUAUUUGUGGCUUUAUUACAAAAAAAAAAGAAUAUAUGAGAUAUAUAUAUAUAUAUAUAUAUAUGUAUACCAGAGGGGCAUCCUUUUUUAUUCUUCUUCAUCGCUGACUGAAACUGGCAGAUGAUAGACCAGUGUCCUUUCACCAUCCGCACUUUAUUUGGAAGGAAGCAGGGGAUGUCCACCCUGGAAAACAGUGACUGGCGACAUCUGACUUCUGUGGAUGGGACUUCUCUAGAAGCUGUUCCCUGGCGCUUCUGUGACAGCUGUAAACCAAAGUGGAGCUGGUGGCUCUCAGGAGCCUCGCCUUAACAGCAUCUAGUCCCCGCCUGUUGUCCAGGACCACGCCCUCCUGUCACUUCUGGUCCACCCCCUGGUAGAGCUCCCGGGGGACACAUCUUUAUUCUGUUCGGGGAAACCAGACGCGACAUGUCCACAUAUGCGUUUGUGUAAGUAAACGUCCAGCACCACAUCACCCACGGGAGCCACGGGCCGUUCAGGAAACGCCUGCCUUCAUCUUUGUUCUUUGUUGCCUUAAGUGCUGCAGAGAGAGGUCACGACAGAAAAUGUGCACUAUCCGUUUACAGUUCUACGUGAUUUUAGGUUGUUUUCUCCCCCAAGGAGAAAACCUGCCUGUCCUGUUUCUGACCCUGCUUCCCUCGAGUGGAGCAGGUAGACCUUUCCUGACCCCACGAUUGCCCACCCAUCUCCCUCCACCUGCCCUCCCCUGCACGCACCACACACCGGCCAGGGAAGGCUGCCGGGACCUGGCUCUUCACGCGGGCUCGCAGGCUUUGUGCGCCGCCUCCAGUGGGCCCCGGGGAUUGUUUGCACAGGGAAGCGUAGAGUGCCUACCAGCUAGAACACAGGGCGAGCAAGCCUGCUGGGCUGUCCCUCCCAGGCUGCAGUGGGAGCCCCUCCCCUCCUGGUCCUCCUCCCGGCUGCUCAUAGGGACCAGGCGGAAGACUGACACCGGGACUCAGGGACUGGCAGGUGCAGCUCGGAGCCUCUCAUUUCCCACGGAGAUGAGUCCUCGCCAAAGCUUCAGAGCCGGCUGCCCUGCCACGGGAGACCAAACAGUGCCCGGCGCAGUGACAGCUGCUGCUGUCCGCUCCCUGCUUUCUGACCACCAUCACUGUGCAACUCGUCACCUCUGCCACUUAGCACCAGGGAAGGAGCUGCUUUGGCCCUGGUGCUGGAAUUUCUUGUAGUUAUUGGGAAAGUGGGGAGAGGGAUUGGGUAAGCGGCUGAGCUUGGGAGAAGGAAAGGGAGGGAGCCAGUCUUAGGAUCCCGGGCCAUUCGUCUGUGAUCGGUUUCUGAAAUGCCGCUGGUUUCAGUGGGCUCACCCCUGGCCAGAGGGAGCAGCCGCGGCUUGGGGGUGGGGGUUGUGGCAAGCUGACCCGGCGGAGGCCUGCUGUAAAGGAGCCCCUGUCUGUGCCUCCGUCUGCCUUCCUGUAUCAUGGCAAACCUUUACAAAGUAUUUGGCCUUGCUUUUCCCACGAAGUUGGGGGUAUUCAAUCACCUCGCUUUAGAAAAGGAGAGCGCUGUCGGAAUGUUCUCUGUGUGUGUGUUGGCACAUACCCUUACUGGGCUGUGCGUUCCAAAAGUGGUGCAGUAUUUGUGUAUCAUUUUUGAAAAUCACAAUUGGCUUUGGAUAUUGGUAACGCACCUGUACCUGAAAAAGUAAACAGCAUUCUCGAAUCAACAGCCUUCUGCUUAAAAAGACAAGUGUUGGAAAAGUAGAAAGGAGACACCAGUCAGUGUGGCCUGGAGCCAGGAUGUGCUGUGUCACUACAUGGUUCUGUUUAUGAAAAACACAUACCAUGUAACCAUGGUGCUUUUUUCCUAGCUGUUGCCUUUAGGUCCUUUCAAACUGGACAUUCCUUAUGAUAUCUUUCUCAGGAAAUCUAUUUUGGGAGAUGGGGCGAGGAAAGGUGUAAGUGGAUGAGACUUUGGCUGUGCAGCAGUUCUAAUGUCCUAGGCUAAGGGUGUCAGAGGCUUCUGCAUCAGGGAGGGACACAGCGGCUGGAGACGCCGUAAGUCCGUAGAGUUCACAUACAGGACACGUAGUUCGUAAUGACACUGUUCAUCAACAUUCUAAAAUACUGUGCCUCCGACCCGAUCUUAAGUCCCCAGCCCAGGAGUUACGUUGGCGUCACUGCCUUGGUGCAUGUAUUCCCAGCAGGGUGAAAAGGGGUUUAAAUUAAGGAAUUUGUUUUCUCUCUCCCCUCCCCCCAUCCUCCCUCCCCCCAGUCUUUGCAUAGGAGAAUGUCAGCCUUUCUGAAAUUAUUGUUUCGGUUUUAAAUUGGAUAUCGAUUUUGGACACUGGCUUCGUAUUGAGUCCCCUUUGAAAGAAGAACAAAAUAAAAUGCAGGAUCUUUGGAUAAAGCCUUUGCACUUUCAAAACCUUAAUAACUCGAGUUGCUGGUGCAGUGGGAACAUUGUAAAUGACAUUAAAGAGAUUGAAGGUUUCAGAAAGCUGCGUCACACAAUCGAAAAUGAUGCGUUUUCAUUUCAGUCCAUGGAACCAAUAGGCUAUUCUUUUUAAAAGAGGGUAAACUGCCUGAGGGCUAGUAAAAUAUAGGAAACUUCACAUUAGAGGAGUCAGGAUUUCAUUUGCCUUAAAUGUUUAUAGAUUUUCUAUAACUUUCAGCCUAAGGUAUUAAAACAUGAAUGUUCAAUGUGAGGAGUAGAGGACCCCGAUGAGGAGUGCGUGCCUGAGAUCACUCUGUUCCCUGCUGCUGUUUUAACCAGUGGGUAAUUUUUGUUCUUCGGUGCCUACUUCUGAUGGUGAUUAUAAUUUUCAAUCGUCCACGAACUGCAUGUUACAGUUAAAAAGUCUGCAUUCCUAGAGGGGGGAGGAACUCUAAGGCUUUGUGGUUUAUUCAUCCUCUGCGUUAUUGGUUAAGUCAGAAGCCAGAAUACUUAGUGCUGAAGUUCACAAAGCCCUUGAGAAAAUGCUUGGCCAGGUUUUUGCCUGGCUCUCAUCGUCUUCCCUCUCUGUCCUUCCCUUUCACAUCUACGGCCAGGAGAAACUCUGUGCAGAGGCGGGUGGAGGUAGGUGGCCCUGGAGGGGUGGGGAGGGGUGUGUGUGUGUGUGUGUGUGUGUGUGUGUGUGCGCGCGCGCGCACAUGCACACAUGCAGCAUUGUGGCUCAUUGCUAGAGUUCAAGCGCCUUUUCAGUGUGUGUGGGGGUGAUGAGACGAGGUUUCCUCUCCCCUCUCACCCUACUCAUGGCUCCCCUUCAUUUUGCGUGCAUGUGUUUAGAUACGGCUGUAUCUCUGUGGCAAGUCCUCUGUCGAGAUGGCAGGAAUUAAUUACCCUGACUCUCCUCACCCCCACCCCCGGCGCCUGGGGAAGUGAGUGUUAGUCACUCCACAAAACCAAGAGAAUCGGGCCCUUGGUUCACACGCCCUUUGGCUGGGCUCUGUGAUGUAGCGUUCCCUAAGUGGGGACGCACACUUGUUUGUGGGUAUGUGUUUCCAUAUCUGUGUGCAUUUCUCUUGAGGGUAAUUUACGAGACAGGCGGCGUCUGGUUUAUAUGUUAGCCAUCUGAACAUCUGUGUUGUCUAUAGAUGGGUUAGUUCUGUCAGCAGGUAAUUGAUGCAUGUGUUUGUAUGGAUGAGUGUCUUGAGGGUGUCUGUGUUUCCCCCAAACCCUAUGGCGGAGAGAGUUCCUAACAGCACCCAAUCCUUUGGAAGGCUUCUCUAAAGUCCGUUAUUUCUCCCUUGGCUCCUAUAUUCCUUUCCAUCAGUUAUACUGGCUUCUCCCCAGGAGUAAAUGGCUUUAGCAUAGAAGUGUCUUCUGGAAAUUUUGAUGUCCUGCAGACAAUCCAUUAGACUCUCUCCUGCCUCAGGACCCUAUGACCUGAAAACAGUAAGAAGCAGAGAAAGAAAGGUCAAGCUUUCUGAUAAUCACUGCUCCAAGUUCACUACCUUGGAAGCCUUAUUCUAUGUUUCUGAAUAUAACUUAAAAACUGAGCUUCAUAAAAAAAGAUAAGACUGAUUACUAAAAGUAGCACAGAAAUGUUAACAUAAUAUUUAAAUAGUCCAGCAGCGAUCCUGCGAUUAUAAAGUGAUGUAAGUAUUUCUGGGUAGUGUUUAUGCUUUAUGGAUCUUGUUACAAAAAAAAAUAAUAAUAAUAAAUCACUACUGUGAAUUUACUAUGAAACCUUGUGAUCACAUUCCAUCGUUAAUAAAAUAUGAGUCGUUCUUAAGCCCAUAGCACAGUUCUUAAAUGGUAUUCAGGGCAGUAGUGAAUCAAGGCAAUUUAGACACUACAUUGAAGUUGCUGUAUUGCACUUUAACCAAGUUGAUGCCUAGAAAAUUAGAUUUCAGGUCAUGUUUUUGACAAAACAUAUUUUGGUCAGACAAGGAAGAGAAGGGUGCCGACACUGUGUCCCAGGUAUCACGUCAGGUGCUGUUCUAGAACGGGAACUUCUUGGAGGCAGGGCGAUCUCAGUUUAACAGGUGAGAAGGAGGACAAUCAGGGAGGGGGGGACCAGUCUCAGGUCUCGUGGCUAGUGAAUGGGAUUUCAAACCUAAUGUCUGAUUCCAGCCCCUCGCUCUCUGUACCUCGAGGUGUGAUCUAAAUGAUCUGGCAUCUGGGGAUGUGGAGGAGGGACCUGAGGACACUUGACCUUGAAUCUGAACCUGGGGGUGAGGGUUCCUUGAGGUGGUGGAAUCCCUUCGAUUCUUGCACUUUGCACCAGGGGGAACCUCUCUAUGGUGCUGGCAUGUUCCUUGCGAUUUCUAAUUGAAAGAACUUGAGAAUGCCCCGCCCCCAGGAAAACCAGCGCCACCAAGGUGCCGUUGUUCCGGUGGCCACCCUUUGCUUUUGCCCCUCUGGCCCUCUGCCUCCAUCCUGCUGGCUUGGGCAGGUGGGCAGCGGGCGGACCAGGCUUCUUCCUGAGCUGAGGAAGCUUCUCGCUGGUGCUCUGCUUCACCUGGUGAGGGUGGGAGAAAGACCACCCACAGGCCCCGCCUCAGGAGCUCUGGAAGUGGGGGUCCCUGGCCUCCCCGUGACAUCGGUGCUCUCAGCAAGCACUUUGCACCCCACCCUUUUUCCCCACAGUUGCCCUCAACAGUUUUAACAGAACUGAUGAAACAGAACUCUGGAAACCCAGUUUUCCUCUCUUCCGAUGCCUUUAAGUUUGGUUCCUUGGAGUACAGACUACCUUUUUCUCUCCUGCUGUUUGCUUUCCGUAAAGGACAGGAAAACGAAGAUGGGGCUCCCAUUUCUCAGCAUGGCUGCUCCUUAGGGAUUGGCACAGAUUUCCAAAGGGUAGAAAAGAAACUGUAAAACUGCUAAAUAAAAUAGAAUUUGGGGACUCUGUGAGUCUCCCUUGCCAGGCCUUGUCCCAUUUUUAUUUAGAUAAUCCAGUUUGCUUUGUCUCACCUGUAAAAUAAAUCUCUUUUAAUGGGUUGUUUUAGAGUUUCCCCGAUACAACAACAGAUCUCUAACAGCCGAAGCAUUAAGUGAAAGGUUACUUCCAAUAUGGCACUAAGGAUCUACAAUUACGAAGUCUCGCAGCUUGAAAACACCAGUGGUUUGACUUAGGGGAAUAAAAACACUCUCACCUUGAGCCUGGGAGGGGUGGGGCGCAGUGGGACAAAUGUGAUAAAUGCCAAGGCUUUGGUGUUCAGAGUGUCUUUGGCACUUCUUUCGGCACUGAAAUAAGUUUUGCAUACAGAUAUUUGAAUGUACAGUUGUCUGGUUUUGUGUUUGCUUAUAUUUAUCGGAGUUUGCCCAUGUAACAUGAGCUUUCAUUCUAAAGGAGCUGGUCAUUUAGGAGUCGUUAAGCCCCCCAAAAGCCCAAAGCCUAGGAAAGCUUCAUCUCUGAGGACCAGAGACUGUCGCUCAGGGAAUUAGUGAUGGGACCCAGGCAUGGGAUCUGUGGGUGACAAGUCUGGUUUGACUCACGUCAUAGGGAAUUCGGAUCGUUGCACACUGUCACCAUUGCAGGGGCCAGGUAGGAAGAGGUGCCCCUCCGUUAUAGAAACAAUGGAAGAUUCGCUUCACGUGGUUCAUCAUUCUUCAAGAAAAACGAUCAUAAAAUUCGAACUCUGGUGGUAAUUCCUUAUUUUUAUAAUGGAUUUGCUGUAGGGUUUAGUUAAAAUAGCAAACUCCCCUGAGAUCCCUAAAUUGUGACAUUACCCAAACUUGAUGUCCAAGCAGUCGUUUGUGAGUACAACUGUUGUGUAGAGUACAGGACACUAGCCAGAAUGAGAACGGCUGGGUCCCGACUCAUGGGGGUGGUGAACAUCACUCACCUGGUGAAUGACCACUUACUCAACAAAGACUCUAGAGAGAAGGCCAGCAGGGCCGAGUCAGGUCUUCAGAGAAGUUCAUUUGCCAACAAAUUGCUUUUGUAUUGAAAGAAAUUUUCACUUGUGGAUCUACAACCCGGAAGAUUCCAUGACAAAACCAUCUGUCUCUGUCUGAGGGAGACAGAAUGGUUUGUGCAAAAACGGGGCCGGGGGACUUUGCGUUCUUUCUUGGUAGUUGAUACUGUGCUUUUUGUAACCGGGAGGGGGCAGUUUUGCUAAUCAGUCUCUGCUCCCGUCACCACGUAUGUAUGAGAACUUCUGAAUAGGCUCUGAUGAGGCCUUUCGAACAUCUAAAUGAAUGGAUCAACCAGCAAUCAUCCGCACGAGGACACUUACACACAUGCACAAGGUGUAUCCUAGGAGAUGUCUUCUCAUUGUGACAUCUAUCAGUACCAAUGUUAGUGUUUACAGCUGACAUGGCGUACCUGGCAGCCAAGUCAUUUGGUCCCCUUUUGGGUCCCACCCCCAAUCCCAAUUAACUGUUAAAACAUUUUACAUGUUGCAUUUUUUUAUACUGUAAAACUUGAAAAAUAAACUGAACUCCCAAAUUGUA